UCUGUCCAAUCAGGCCUCCGGGACGGGACGUGUCUGUCGUCCAGCCGCGAGUGCCCCGCCUGCCCCUAGCGGUCCCCGGCGUCCUGGUUCCAGUCGCGCUCACCUGCGCGGGUCGCGGAGAAAUUGUCUCGGGACAUGGACUCCGUGGUCUUUGAGGACGUGGCUGUGGACUUCACCCUGGAGGAGUGGGCUUUGCUGGAUUCUGCCCAGAGGGACCUCUACAGAGACGUGAUGCUGGAAACCUUCCGGAACCUGGCCUCAGUAGACGAUGAGACUCCAUGUAAAGCCGACAGGUCAGUUUCUCAGCAGGAUAUGUACAGGGGAAAAAUAUCUCAGGAACAGACAAUACUGAACUUCACGAGAAGUAAUUCCUGUGCCUACGCUUUAGAAACAAAUUGCGAAGGCUGCGGCAUUGAAGAUCUCCACAGAAAUCUGAGAAAUCAUAUGGUGGACAGAUUCUGUGAAAAUAAUGAAGGUAAUCAAUAUGGAGAAACCAUCAAUCAAAUGCCACAUCUUACCCCGCACAAGGAAAUUUCUGCUGGAGAAAAGCCAUACGAAUGCACCAAGUGUGGGACGGUCUUCAUGCAUCUUUCUUCUCUCAAGAGGCACGUCAAGUCUCACUGUGGACGAAAACCACAUCCGUGUCAGGAACGUAAGCGUGCCUGUGUUUGUGCCUCACACCUCAACAGUCACGUAAGAACUGACACUGGCGAGAGGCCCUAUGGAUGUAAAUUAUGUGGUAAAAGCUUUCCUUAUUUCUAUUCCCUCACUCAGCACAUCAGGACUCACGCCUCCGAGAGGAGCUGUGAAUGCAGGCACUGUGGGAAGGCCUUCAUGGAGUUCUCCAGCCUCACGAGGCACGUGAGAACACACACUGGAGAGAAGCCGUAUAAAUGUAAGAAAUGUGGGAAGGCGUUUAUUUACCCCUCCAUCUUUCAGAGACAUAUGAUCACACACACUGCAGAGAGGCCCUAUGAAUGUAAAUUAUGUGGGAAGACCUUUCACCAUUCCUACUCCCUCACCCAACAUGCAAAGAUUCACACGUCAGAGAAAACCUAUGAAUGCAAGCAAUGUAGGGUGGCCUUCCAUCAGUUCUCAAGUUUUACUAGACACGUCAGAGCUCACUUGGGAGAGAAGCCUUAUAAAUGUAAGGAAUGUGAGAAAGUCUUCGUCUACCCCUCAGUCUUUCAAAGACACAUGCUAACGCACACUGGGGAGAAGCCCUAUGAGUGUAAAUCGUGUGGGAAAACUUUCCGUCAUCCCCAUUCCCUCUCUCACCACGUGAAGAUUCACACAGCAGAGAAAACCUACAAGUGCAGGCGGUGUGGGAUGGCCUUUCCUGAGUUCUCGAGCCUCACUAGACAUGUGAGGAGUCACACAAGAGACAAGCCAUAUCAAUGUACGGAGUGUGGGAGAGCCUUCAUGUACCCCUCAACAUUUCAGAGACACAUGAUAACACACACGGGAGAGAAGCCCUUUAAGUGUCAGCAAUGCGGGAAAACCUUCAGUUACCCACAGUCUUUUCAAAGACAUGAAAAGACUCACACGGGAGAGAAGCCCUACGCAUGCAAGCAGUGCGGGAAAACAUUCAGUUGGCCUGAGACCUUCCGAGUACACGUGAGAAUCCACACCGGAGAGAAUCUCUACACCUGUGAAAACUGUGGGAAAGCUUUCAGCUCUCCCAGAUCCUUUCAAGGUCACGUGCGAACUCACACGGGAGAGAAACCUUACGAGUGCAAGCAGUGCGGGAAAGCCUUCGCUUGGCCCUCGACAUUUAGAGAGCACGUGAGAGUUCACACGGAGGAGCGGCUCUAUAAAUGUGAAAGGUGCGGGAAGGCGUUCACCUCCUCCAGGUCGUUCCAAGGUCACCUGAGGACCCACAGUGGAGAGAAGCCUUACGCCUGUAAGCAGUGUGGAAAAGCCUUCAGCUGGUCGUCAUCCUUACAGAAACACGUGAGGAUGCACACGGGAGAGAAACCCCACGAGUGUCAACAGUGCGGGAAGUCCUUCAGGUGGCCCUCCUCCCUUCGGAACCAUGUUAGAACACACGUCGGAUAGAAAUCCCGAGUGUACGCUGUACUCAAAAGCCUUCGGUUGUCAAGUCGUUCUGAGGCCAGUGGGCGCACACACUAGAGAGAGGUUCUGUAGGUAACAUGGGGUCACCUCACAUUAAUUCAUGUACAAUGCUCCAGAAAAUUCACACCGGGAGAGCAAUCGUACAAGUGAUAAGUAUGAUAUUGUCUUUGUCAAUACCUCGUUUGCAAAACAGACCCAUUAGUAAUGAAUCCCCAGCUCUUUCAAAAAUAAAUGUUGAUGCGAGAGAAUAAUUAAGUCCUCUUUUUGCUGUAGUACGUAAGUUUUAAUAGUUAAGUGCUUCAUCACUUAAAUACUUUCAUUUUGAACCUUAUUGGACCUGUGGUGAUCUGAAGUGUACUUUGAACGUGACAUAAUUUUUUACGUACGUUCUGUAUUUUUCUGCAUGGUAUCAUUACAACAGUGAAACUUUGGUACAUCUUAUUCUUACUGGCCUAGUGCUACAGAUAACUGGCUGUCCCCUCUUUUAUAUACUGCAC